GCCCUGCGGGGGCAUGGCGAUGAGUGAGCAGGCCCAGCGGACAAGGACGGAGAGCCGCACCCAGGAGGGCAAGAAGUGAUGCACACCCAUCAUCCCCCAUGACUGCCCUGGGAGUGGGGGUCCCCGGGCCCUGGCAGGCUGCUGACCCUCAGCCUGCAAACCACUAAGAGCAGAAGGACUUGAGACUUUCCCUGUGGAUGGUCCCCUCCCCUGAGGCUCCACCAUGAGGCUCCUUGUGGCCCCCCUCUUGCUAGCAUGGGUGGCUGGUGCCACUGCCGCCGUGCCUGUGGUCCCCUGGCGUGUGCCCUGCCCCCCUCAGUGUGCCUGCCAGAUCCGGCCUUGGUAUACACCCCGCUCGUCCUACCGCGAGGCCACCACCGUGGACUGCAAUGACCUGUUCCUGACGGUCGUGCCCCCGGCGCUGCCUGCAGGCACACAAACCCUGCUCCUGCAGAGCAAUGGCAUCGUCCGCGUGGACCGGAGUGAGCUCGGCUAUCUGGCCAACCUCACAGAGCUGGACCUGUCUCAGAACAGCUUUUCGGAUGCCCGGGACUGUGAUUUCCAUGCCCUGCCCCAGCUGCUGAGCCUGCACCUGGAAGAGAACCAGCUGACCCACUUAGAGGACCACAGCUUUGCAGGGCUGGCCAGCCUGCAGGAGCUCUAUCUCAACCACAACCAGCUGCACCGCAUCGCCCCCCGGGCCUUCGCCGGCCUCGGCAACCUGCUGCGGCUGCACCUCAACUCCAACUUGCUGAGGGCCGUGGACAGCCGCUGGUUCGAGAUGCUGCCCAACCUGGAGAUCCUCAUGAUCGGGGGCAACAAGGUGGAUGCCAUCCUGGACAUGAACUUCCGGCCCCUGGCCAACCUGCGCAGCCUGGUGCUAGCGGGCAUGAACCUUCGGGAGAUCGCCACCUAUGCCCUGGAGGGGCUGCAAAGCCUGGAGAGCCUCUCCUUCUAUGACAACCAGCUGGUCCGGGUGCCCAGGCGGGCGCUGGAGCAGGUGCCUGGGCUCAAGUUCCUGGACCUGAACAAGAACCCACUCCAGCGGGUGGGGCCAGGAGACUUCGCCAACAUGCUGCACCUCAAGGAGCUGGGGCUGAACAACAUGGAGGAGCUGGUUUCCAUUGACAAGUUUGCCCUGGUCAACCUCCCCGAGCUGACCAAGUUGGACAUCACAAACAACCCCCGGCUGUCCUUCAUCCACCCCCGUGCCUUCCACCACCUGCCCCAGAUGGAGACCCUCAUGCUCAACAACAACGCGCUCAGUGCCUUGCAUCGGCAGACAGUGGAGUCCCUGCCCAACCUCCAGGAGGUGGGUCUGCAUGGCAAUCCCAUCCGCUGUGACUGUGUCAUCCGCUGGGCCAAUGCCACCGGCACGCGUGUCCGCUUCAUCGAGCCGCAGUCCACCCUGUGUGCGGAGCCGCCAGACCUCCAGCGCCGCCCAGUUCGGGAGGUGCCCUUCCGAGAGAUGACGGACCACUGCCUGCCCCUCAUCUCCCCCCGGAGCUUUCCUCCCAGCCUCCAAGUGGCCAGUGGGGAGAGCCUGGUGCUGCACUGCCGGGCGCUGGCUGAACCAGAACCUGAGAUCUACUGGGUCACUCCAGCUGGCCUUCGACUGACAGCUGCCCGUGCAGGCAAGAGGUACCGGGUGUACCCCGAGGGGACCUUGGAGCUUCGGAGGGUGACGGUGGAAGAGGCGGGGCUGUAUACCUGCGUGGCCCAGAACCUGGUAGGGGCCGAUACGAAGACAGUUAGUGUGGUGGUUGGCCGGGCUCCCCUGCAGCUAGGCAGGGACAAGGGAUGGGGACUAGACCUCCGGGUGCAGGAGACCCAUCCCUAUCACAUCCUGCUAUCUUGGGUCCCCCCACCCAACACCAUCUCCACCAACCUCACCUGGGCCAGCGCCUCCUCCCUCCGGGGCCAGGGGGCCACUGCUCUGGCCCGCCUGCCUCGGGGCACCCACAGCUACAACAUCACCCGCCUCCUUCAGGCCACGGAGUACUGGGCCUGCCUGCAAGUGGCCUUCGCUAAUGCCCACACCCAGCUGGCUUGUGUAUGGGCCAGGACUAAAGAGGCCACUCCCUGCCAUAGAGCCUUAGGGGACCGACCUGGGCUCAUAGCCAUCCUGGCUCUGGCUGUCCUCCUGCUGGCAGCCGGGCUAGCAACCCACCUUGGCACUGGCCAGCCCAGGCAGGGGGUAGGUGGGUGGCCUCUCCUUCCAGCCUGGGCUUUCUGGGGCUGGGGUGCCCCCUCAGUCCGGGUGGUGUCUGCACCCCUUGUCCUGCCCUGGAACCUGGGAAGGAAGCUGUCCACGUCCUUCGAAGGGGAAACACUGUCACCACCAUUGUCUCAAAAUUCCUGGAGCUCAGCCUGUUCUCAGCAGUAGAGAAGUAACUAGGACUACUUUUUAACAAAAAGGACACAAUCGGGGCCAGAUGCCCUGCCAAGAAAGUGACAUGGACCCACGUGCUUGAGGCCUGACUGCUGGACCAAGACAGACAGGGCUCUGUGGCCCCAGGGGCUGUUCCUGUGGCUUUCAAUACGUGGCCCUUCUCUUCUGGGGGCUCCUCUUUGGAGGAGCAUCUGCAAGGGACAGAAGGACUGGCUAGAGCCUCCCACCUCCCCAGUGUCUACAUGCCCAGAGGCUCCCCUGCCUGUGCCCCAGCCCUCGGCCCGCAGGAUGUGCCCCCUCCUCUUCUGUUUCUCUGCACAGUCUCAGUGGCUUGCUCUGUCCCCUCCCGGGCAAGGGCUGAAGGAGGCCUCUCCUCCCUCGUGCGGACGGCUCCCAGAGUGGACCCCCAGCCUGCCUUGAAGGACAUUUGGGAAGAGGCUGCCCAACCGCCACCUCUCGGCAGCUCGGUCGGCACUCUGAGGUUGACUUUCUACCGGCAAUUUUGUACCUUUGUGGAGACAUGUGUCACCUCCCCCCCAACCCAAUUCACUCUUUUCUCCUGUUUUUAAAAAAAUAAAGCUAAAUAAGAAAAACAUAAUAAGGAGGGAAAAGGGAACAAAGGGAAA